AUGAAGUUCGAGUGGCUUACAGUGGCCGGCUUAACGGCUGCGGCUAAUGCUAAUCCGCUAGCCUAUUCUCCUCCAUACUAUCCCUCCCCAUGGAUGACUGGCGCGGGCGAGUGGUCCGAUGCAUACACACGCGCCGUCGAUUUUGUCUCUAACCUGACACUGGCCGAGAAAGUCAACUUGACAACCGGUGCUGGCUGGGAGCAAGAACGAUGCGUUGGUGAGACUGGUGGCAUCCCUCGACUUGGAAUGUGGGGAAUGUGUAUGCAGGACUCGCCAUUAGGUGUGCGCUUGAGUGAUUAUACCUCUGGUUUCCCCUCUGGUAUCAAUGUUGCCGCGACAUGGGACAAGCGACUUGCCUACCAGCGUGGUAUGGCAAUGGGCGAGGAGCACCGCGACAAGGGUGUGGAUGUGCAGUUGGGUCCCGUUGCUGGCCCUCUGGGCAAGUACCCCGAGGGCGGUCGUAACUGGGAAGGGUUCUCGCCUGACCCUGUCUUAACUGGUGUGAUGAUGGCCGAAACCAUCAAGGGCAUGCAGGAUGCUGGUGUCAUUGCUUGUGCCAAACAUUUCAUUGGAAAUGAGCAGGAACACUUCCGUCAGUCCGGCGAGGCUCAGGGAUAUGGGUACAACAUUUCUGAGAGCGUGAGCUCAAACAUUGACGACAAGACUAUGCACGAAUUGUACCUCUGGCCCUUCGUGGACUCUAUCCGUGCUGGUGUUGGCUCCAUCAUGUGCUCCUAUAAUCAGAUCAACAAUAGCUACGGCUGUGCAAACAGCUACGCUCUCAACAAGCUGCUCAAGGGCGAACUGGGGUUCCAGGGCUUUGUUAUGAGCGACUGGGGUGCGCAUCACAGUGGUGUUUCGUCUACUUUGGCCGGUCUGGAUAUGUCUAUGCCCGGUGACACCUAUCUCGGUAGCCCUUCGUCCUUCUGGGGAGCCAACCUGACCAUUUCGGUUCUGAACGGUACCGUCCCAGAAUGGCGUAUCGACGACAUGGCUGUCCGAAUCAUGGCUGCUUACUAUAAGGUUGGACGUGAUCGAUUCCGCACUCCUCCCAAUUUCAGCUCCUGGACUCGCGAUGAGUACAGCUUUGAGCACGCCGCGGUCAGCGAAGGCUGGGCUAAGGUCAAUGAGCGCGUAAAUGUCCAGCGUGACCACGCCCAGAUCAUUCGUAAGAUUGGAUCUGACAGCACUGUCCUGCUCAAGAACAAGGGUGGUGCACUGCCCCUUACCCACGGUGAGAAGUUCAUCAGCAUUCUGGGAGAGGACGCAGGAUCUAAUGCAUAUGGCGCCAAUGGCUGCGGUGACCGUGGCUGUGAUAAUGGAACUCUGGCCAUGGGCUGGGGUAGUGGAACUGCCAACUUCCCUUACCUGAUUACGCCCGAGCAAGCCAUCCAAAAUGAAGUCCUAGAAUACAGUGUCGGGAAGACCAGCGUUUUCGCCGUGACUGAUAACUGGGCCCUCACGGAGAUGGCUGCCCUUGCAUCUCAGGCUGAUGUUGCCCUGGUUUUCGUGAACGCCGACUCUGGUGAGGGAUACAUCAAUGUUGAUGGCAACGAGGGUGACCGCAAGAACCUGACUCUCUGGAAGAAUGGCGAAGAAAUCAUAAAGACUGCCAGUCAGCACUGCAAUAAUACUAUUGUCGUGAUCCACAGCACAGCCGCUGUUCUGAUUAGCGACUGGUACGACAAUGACAACAUUACCGCCAUUGUCUGGGCUGGCUUGCCGGGCCAGGAGAGCGGCCGCAGCUUGGUGGACGUACUGUAUGGUCGCAUCAACCCUGGUGGUAAGACUCCAUUCACCUGGGGUAAGACUCGCAAGGAUUAUGGCCCUCCUCUCCUCACAGUGCCCAACAACGGUGCCGAUGCUCCUCAGGACAACUUCGAGGAUGGUGUCUUCAUUGACUACCGCCGCUUCGAUAAGGACAACACAGAGCCCAUUUACGAGUUCGGUUAUGGCCUGAGCUACACCAACUUUUCCUUCUCCGACCUGAAGGUCACCCCUCUUGCCUCAUCUGAAUACAACGAAUAUAAAGCGACCACUGGAAAGACGAAAAAGGCCCCUGUUCUUGGCAAAGCUGGAAAAGUCUCAGAUAACCUGUUCCCUGAGGGAAUUAAACCCGUCCGCCAGUACCUCUACCCGUGGUUGAACUCCACCGACUUGCGUGCCUCUUCUGGUGAUCCUGCCUAUGGCAUGGACUCCAAGGACUACCUUCCUGAGGGUGCUACUGAUGGUUCUCCCCAGGACCUUCUUCCAUCUAGCGGCGCCUCCGGUGGUAACCCCGAUCUGUUCAAAAAUCUCUACCAGGUGACCGCUACUAUCACCAACACCGGUUCCGUGACUGGCGAUGAGGUUCCCCAGUUGUACGUCUCCCUCGGCGGUGAUGAUGAGCCCUCGAAGGUCCUGCGCCAGUUUGACCGAGUCACCAUUGCCCCUGGUCAGACCCUCCAGUGGACCACCACUCUGACUCGCCGUGAUGUCUCUAACUGGGACGUUGCCUCCCAGAACUGGGUGAUCUCCGACGCCCCGAAGAAGGUGUAUGUCGGCAACUCAUCUCGCAAGUUGCCUCUCUCGGCUGACUUGCCCCCGAUUUGA